CAGCAGGGGUGCAACUUGAAAGUAGGAAAGAGUAACGGAAAAUAGUACAGCCGUCGCUGGCACUGGACGUCAAGAUCAAACCACCUUUAUUGGCUUAAGAUGCUUCCAUAAGUUGCUCCUUUGUAUUUCCAAUUAAUUUACAUACAUUUUUGAUACCUUUUCACUAACCGGGAUAAAAUUACAAACAGGCUGGGACAAGUCGUACAAAAACCUUUGUCAAAUUUUUUUUAAUUUAAAUUUUAAAAAUGUAUUAAUUUUUACAAAUAUAUUUUCGAACAAAAUUUAAACGUCAUUAUACGAAUGGUUAUUAAUUUUCGAAUUAGGAAGGUUCGAGUUCGAAACCGUUUUAAUAAGGUAACGACUUUGACCACCAGUAGCGGAAGAACAAUAGUCUGUUUUGGCAAAUUUUAUUCUGCAAUUACUUUGAAUUUUUCUCGCUAUAUAAAAGUUAUUAAAACGAGUGUAAAGAAAUUGAAGAGUCUUUUGGUUUCAAAAUGUACAAGUUUUCUGAAUGGAAUGAUACUGGAAGGAACGAUGACUCUAGCAUUGUUAAUCCUAAGAUGCAACCAUAUAAUAUUUUGUUUUUAUUUGUUAGCAUUGCUCUUGGAGCUCUAGUGCGAUUU